AAUAUUGUAGUCAGUGGCAACGUGACCGUUCGCGCACGCCGUUCACCAUCGCGCAGGCACAGUCCUACGAUACCGAUACAUUGUAACGCGGGCAAUAAUAAAAGAAAAUCCGCGUGACGAUACGUCACAAAACCCGUCGCUCUUGUUGCAGCGCGCUCGUAAAAUACGCACAAAAACGAUUAUUGUUCUCGUGUCCGACGGUUUUCCGCCCUAGCCCGCGUCCCGGAAAAUCCGUGCACGACGCGUGCCGUGCCGAUGCGCGUUUCCGCGACCGUCGCGGACAGUUGCAGUGUUCUUCUUAGCGCCACGGACUAAACGCCGGUGGCCCUACGCACUACUCCAGACUUCAUCUCGCCGGCGCGUAUCCGUCUGCUUUCCCGACUCGUUCCCGUCAGAACUUAUCUCGCGUGCGCGCGUGUUUGUGUGUGUGUGUGUGUGUGUGUGUGUGUGUGUGUGUGCGACUCUAACUGGAUAUCGCCAUAGCGGCGCAGUGACGAUGGAGACCGAGGAGAUCACCAAACUCGUAGACGGCAUCUAUAAGAAUAUAUUGGAGAAGUUCAAUCCAGGUGCCCGACAAAUGAUAAAUGCAGGCAAGGCAUAUUUGAAAGCACUUCAUGGAGCCGCUACAGCCUCCAAAGUAUAUACGGACGCUAUAAUGAGAUUGGCAAAACAAUCUCAGCAAGGAACUUGGGGAGGAUCAGCCGAUAUUGGUUCAGCACUUAUGCAGAUCGUUGAGGUUUAUAAAGAAAUUCAGUCGCAACAGCUAAACAUCCUGAAAGCGUUCUACGUGGAUUUACUAGUGCCGUUGGAGACAAAUCUUGAAAAAGAUACCAAAGUAGUACAGUCUGAACAAAAACGAUUUUUACAACAACAUAAACAAAGAUCCGAAAGUUAUAGCAAGGCUGCAUCGGCUAUGAAAAAGUGUCGUAAAAAACAUAAGGUUGGACCCAAAGCAGGAUUGGCCAUGGAUAAAGAAAUUAAGACUAUGCAAAUCCUAGAAGAAGAAAAAAAUAAAUUGGAUAACUUUUGCGAACAAAGUUUGAAAAACGCUAUGACACAGGAGAGGCGUAGAUAUGGUUUUGUAUUAGAAAGACAGUGUUCGUUGGUUAAACACUGUUUAGCGUAUCAUACAAACACUCAGUCAAUGUACGAUGAACAUCUUAAUGAUUGGCUCGACGUAGCUAAGUCUCGGGAACGAUUGCCAGAAUCUGUUGAAACUAUGUUUGCAACAAAACUACGACAAGUAAGUUUCUGGUUGGACGAUGAUAUUAGUUCUCCAAGAAUCGAUGACGAUAGGAUUUCACUGUCAUCGCAAUUGAGAAAAACGAAAUCAAUGGAUGCGUCUUGCUUGGAUGUUCGAGCCCUGAAUGAUAUAUCCAGUCCGGUUUUAAAUUAUCCGCUUUCCAGAGCCAAAUCAGAUUUCAAUUUGAACGCAUCAUCGCAGUCUUUGAACAGAAUGGAAAACGGUUCGAGUCCGGGAAAUAAUGGAUCUAGGCCAAAGUCUAUGGCAGUAGUCGAUAAUGGAUGGGAAUCUCAAGGUGCUAAUCUCGUACAAGCAACACAUGCUUAUCUGUCAAGCGGUGAAAAUCAACUAAGUUUCCACGAAGGAGACACCAUCGCUAUAUCAGGAGAACGAAACAAAGGAUGGCAAUUUGGAGAAAAUUUACGUACUCAAUGCAGUGGUUGGUUCCCGUUAACAUAUACCGAACCCGUAGUGGACGACUCGGUCUUUUCUGACUCGCCAUCGUCAUAUCGACGAAAGGACUCUAUGGGUCAGUCUAUCGUCUCGAACCAUAACAGAAGUGAAUCAGCAACGAUUGGCAAACAAAACCGUUAUCAAACGACAACACUUACAAGAUUUGGCGAUUCUCUGUCUCACAGAAAUCCAUAUCCGGCACGGUCCAGGGCAAACAGUAGAUCAAAUGGUUACGGGAUCAAUCAGCACGGGCCUCCACCUCCAUCGGUUCCAGCUCCCGUAGUGCCCCGACAAUAUGGCGGGCACAUACCUCCACCGAUCGCAUUUUUCCCACCACCACCACAGACAUUACCACCAGCACCCGGAAAACCAAAUGCAGUUGACAAGAGAACCGGUGGAGUCCACCACCAACAUGGAAACGCGAGCCUGCACAGUAGCAAUGAUAGUGGCUUCAGUAAUGAUCCACCACCGGCACCCGAAAUUGACUAUUCAGACGACGAAAACUCAAGAACGAUGGUCAAAGAUUCGAAGAAAGACGCGACGACGCGUUCUAAACAAGCAGCAGCAGCAGCAGCUUACAGAUCGCCCGAAGAGGACCGCGGUUACCACCGUCAAGGUCAUCAUCAGAAUCAGACAAUGACGGCGACGACGACGGGCACGAUGAAGUCGUCGUACAACGGCGGCGGUGGAGGGAUGAAUACCGGAAGGCGGAAUACGGGCACUUCGACGAUGCGGCAGAGCACUAGCGUCGGUCACCUGUCGUCGUUCGGCGAUGGUCAGUCACCGUCGAGGCAGGCGAAUUCGGCGUACGACGACGACGACUUGGACGGGUUCACGGCGCAGGGCAAGAAGAUCAAGAGGACAAAGUCCAUGUGGAAAUUUAAGAAGUCCAGCGCGAGCGACGAAGGGCUGUUGGCCGGCAUGUCCAUGUGGAAGCACAGGUCGCUGGUGGACGUGAACGCCGCAGACGCAGAAGAACAGCAACAGCAACAGCAGCAGCAACAGCAACAGCAACAACAGCAGCAGCACAACAACUACAACAGCAACAACAACAACAAAUCGACGGCGGGCACGCCUGUCGCCAACAAGAAGUUUACGGUGGCCGCCUCGUGCCGGGACAUCGACCUAGCCGGGGACGACGACGACAGCCAGACGAUAAUGAACGGCGGCGGGUCGUCGACGGUGCGGCGCAUGACGUACGACAAUCGUAAGCAGCAACAGCAGCAACAUCGGAGCAGGAGAUCGUCUUCGUCGAGUUUCGGCGGCGGCGACGACUCCGAGUCGUGCAUCGUGGUCGACGACCACUUGAAGAACGUCCGAUCGGCGCCCGCGCCCGCCAGCCUAUUGCCCAGAACCCGAUUGAUCAAGCAGACGGCCGGCGGCGCGAACGGUCAAUCGCCGUCGGCCGCGCACCAUCACCAGCCCGCGGCCAUGGUGAUGAUGAUGCCGCCACCUCCGCCACCGCCGCCAGCCGUCCGUACCGCGACCGCGGACGACGGAUACGCGCAACACGACUCGGACGCGGACAUCCGGUUCGAGAGCUCCAAGCUGCAGACGUUCAAGUACAUCAACGCGGCACACAACGACGGAUGGUACGACUCCUGGGGAGAGAAGCGAAAGAAGUAGGAUGCGCCAAAGGACGAACGUGUUUGCAACAAUCAAACUACGUAAAACCAACACCAACGACCGGUCAGCGCCGAAAAUCAUAUAAUAUAUAUUAUUAUAC